AUGGGGGGGAGAAGAGAAGUGAAGAGAGAGGAGCGCACAUGAGCGACUCCAACUGUGAGAGAAAGAGAGAGAGAGAGGGAUAUAGCUACAGCGCAGUGACCUACAGAGACAGAUGAGGAAGUGCAGUGUGUGGAGUGUUACCACCGUAUCUUGUUAUCAAGGAUCCCAUUAAAUGGUCCCAUAGCCCUCGCGCUCCAUAUCUGGAUAUUUCUACUUCCAUGUGGGAUGAGCAGCUGCGCUGAGCGAGACAGACCGAGGCAUCUGACAUCAACACCAUGAGGUACUCACGGAACUGAGGGAACCAGACGUGAGAGAGAGGGAGAGGUGUUUGAGAGCAGAAAGAGACAGGGAUGACAGUGAUAACAAGUGGGAGAUUCUGUGCGAGGAGGUGAGAGAAGAGGAAUGGAGGUUUAGAAUGAGGGACGCAGAGAGACGAGUGGAGGAGAGGUGUUCUCCUGAAAAGUGAAGUUGGGGGUUUGUGCCUCUGUUGAGGGACUCUACAUUAACCCAGAUUCUGCUCACUUCAGGCUUGUGCCACAGAGUGAAGUCAGUAUAGAGUGAGUGGGAGCCUUGAGAUGGCGAUGCAGGGGCUGGCGGCCCAGCUCUUGGUGCUGCUGGCCGUGUUGGCGGUGGCUCAUGCCUCCAUCUUCCAGUCCAAUCAGAGACUGAAACCUCGGUUCCAGCGAGACCGGCGCAACAUCCGUCCCAACAUCAUCCUCAUCCUCACCGAUGACCAGGACAUUGAAUUAGGCUCCCUGCAAGUCAUGAAUAAGACCCGGCGGAUCAUGGAACAGGGUGGAACGCACUUCUCCAACGCGUUUGUCACCACGCCCAUGUGCUGUCCGUCGCGCUCCUCCAUGCUGACGGGGAAAUACGCCCACAACCACAACACCUACACCAACAACGAGAACUGCUCUUCCCCCUCCUGGCAGGCCCAACACGAGCCGCGCACUUUUGGAGUUUACCUCAACAGCACUGGCUACAGGACAGCAUUCUUUGGGAAGUAUCUGAAUGAGUAUAAUGGGACUUACAUUCCUCCGGGAUGGAAGGAGUGGGUCGCCAUGGUGAAGAAUUCCCGCUUCUACAACUACACUCUGUGCAGGAACGGCGUCCGAGAGAAACAUGGAUUUGAGUACUCAAAGGACUACCUGACAGAUCUCAUAACCAAUGACAGCAUCAGUUACUUCCGCAUGUCGAAGAAGAUCUACCCUCACCGACCCAUCAUGAUGGUGAUCAGUCACGCCGCCCCUCAUGGCCCGGAGGACUCGGCCCCUCAGUACACCACUGCCUUCCCCAACGCUUCACAGCACAUAACGCCCAGUUAUAACUAUGCCCCUAAUCCAGACAAACACUGGAUUAUGCGUUACACCGGCCCCAUGAAGCCCAUUCACAUGGAGUUCACCAACAUGCUGCAGCGCAAGAGACUGCAGACGCUGCUGUCCGUGGAUGACAGUGUGGAGAAGAUAUACAACAUGUUGGUGGACACUGGGGAGCUGGACAACACAUACGUGAUCUACACGGCUGACCACGGUUACCACAUCGGUCAGUUCGGACUGGUCAAGGGGAAAUCCAUGCCCUACGAGUUUGACAUCAGAGUUCCCUUUUACAUCCGCGGCCCAAAUGUGGAGGCAGGAGGCAUCAACCCCCACAUCGUGUUGAACAUAGACUUGGCGCCCACCAUCCUGGACAUCGCAGGGAUGGACGUUCCCCCAGACAUGGACGGCAAGUCCAUCCUCAAGCUCCUGGACACAGACCGCAUGAUGAACAGGUUCCAGCUCAACAAGAAAGGAAAAGUGUGGCGGGACUCGUUCCUGGUGGAGAGAGGAAAACUGCUGCAUAAAGUGUUGAAUGAUGAGAAAGAUAUGGCCCAGGAGGAAAACUACCUGCCCAAAUACCAACGCGUUAAAGACCUGUGCCAGCGCGCAGAGUACCAGACGCCAUGUGAACAGCUCGGUCAGAAGUGGCAGUGUAUUGAAGACGCCACGGGGAAGCUGAGGUUGUCUAAAUGCAAAGGCAUGGCCAGUGUGUCUGCAGUGCGGAAGCCGUCUGUAUCCAGCAUCAAAUCCCAGAUUUAUCUGCAGAGCAUGAGCGCUGAUGUCAGCGUGAACUCUGAGCCUCAAGGGUGCAACUGUGAACCCACAAGCUACAGACCGAGCACCUUCUCCAAGAAUAAACUCUUCUCCAAAAAGAAACUGAAGUCACUGAAGAGCUACUCCAGGAACCGCUUUGCCCGCGCCAUUUCGAUGGAGAUGGGAGGAGACCUGUACGCAGUGGACCUGCAUCAUGAAUACAGGCCCUCGGGCCCCAGGAACCUCAGCCUCAGGCAGAACACAGCGGACGAGGACGAGUUCAGCGGUGUGGGACCCACUGCAGUCAGCCAGACCAACAACAGCCUCGCUGUGCCCUCCUCUAUUAAAGUCACUCACAGAUGUUCCAUUUUGGCCAAUGAUACAGUAAAGUGUGACGUUGGUCUGUACAAAUCGCUGCAAGCAUGGAAGGACCACAAGCUCCACAUCGACCACGAGAUCGAAACACUCCAGACGAAGAUUAAAAACCUUCGUGAGGUCAGAGGUCACCUGAAAAAGGCUCGACCUGAAGAGUGUGACUGCAACAAAUACUAUUACAAAUCCAAGUACAAGAGUAAGCUGAGGAAAUACAAAGCAGGAGGCGUCCAUCCCUUCAGGAAAGGACAGGAGAAGGAUAAGAAGGCCUGGUUGUUGCUGGAACAGAAGCGCAGGAAGAAGCUGAGGAAGUUACUGAAGCGCCUGCGUAACAAUGACACCUGCAGCAUGCCUGGCCUCACCUGCUUCACACACGACAACCAGCACUGGCAGACCGCCCCCUUCUGGACACUGGGGCCGUUUUGUGCGUGCACUAGUGCCAAUAAUAACACCUACUGGUGCAUGAGGACUAUUAAUGAGACACACAACUUCCUGUUCUGUGAAUUUGCCACUGGAUUUCUGGAGUACUUUGACAUCAACACGGAUCCGUAUCAGUUGGUGAAUGCAGUGAACACACUGGACCGGUUUGUUCUCAAUCAGCUGCAUGUUGAGCUCAUGGAGCUCAGGGGCUGUAAGGGACACAAGCAGUGUAACCCUCGCACACGUAGCCUCGACUUUGGGGACAGAUAUGGGAAGGAUGGGAAGGAUAACUCAUGGAACGAGGGUGCCCCGGAAGACACCAACAUGUUUCCCGGCGAGCCAAACUGGUCCGAACUUGAACCUUUGUACAGACUUGAUGAGCACGCCUACGAUCUCAAACUCAACUUCACCCUCAGCCUUGAAGACUGGGCUCAUUUCAGCCGCUCCGUGGACCACAUGUUCACGCUCCUCAGUAACGACAACCAGCCGUAUUCUCCGCCCCGCCAUGACGACGGACAAACAGGAAGAGGCCACGCCCUGGUGUCCUCCAGCCAAUCCGCUACAGCCAUCUACCUGACCACUCUGGCCACGCCCGCUCUUUUAUUAAAGGAUGCUGGCGCUGAGGUCUUAAGAGACGCUUUGGGGCUAAACCAAGUGGACCGUCCCUCUUCUUCUUCUCCUCCUUCGCCUUCAUCACAUCCCUUGAGACCUGAGCAGGUGGACAAUGCGGGCAGGGACACUCCUCUUGGAGAACUGAAAGAGGACAGACAGAGAGAAGAGGAAGAGGAGGAGUUUGUUCAGAGACGGACAGAAAGGUUAAGCUCCACCCACUGUGACUGCAAUGACAUUUUGCAGGAAACGGUUUGACUCUCACGUAACGUUCCUCUCUCAUACCGUCCCUCCUCAGAAAGACAUCGCAGAAAACUUCUUAAUUUGAUGGAAGUGAAGAAAGAGGAUGUUUAAUGUCAGCGUACAGUCCUUUGGUUUGUUUUUCUUUUCCCAUAUGUUUACAGUCGGACCAUUUUCCCAACUUGUCCAUGAGAUCGGCUAGGCUUUGAACAGAGCACAUUUUUAUCUUUUAACUUAGAUGCUUUACUCUUUUUAUUCUUUCACCUUUUUUGAUGGGUUUUUUUGAAGGUUGGGGGGUUAAAAUUCAUAGCAGUAAAACUUCACAAGGAUUGAGUUGUUGUGACCAUUCAUACUUGAUUCAGUUUGAAACUAGUUUUGCACCAUUAAUUCUUGAUGGCUGCUUUUCUCAUUUUGGUGUCUCCAGAGGGUGUCUCACUUUUUGGGACGAUAUCUUUUACACUCUUAUAACUUCACUGAACAACACCUCAAACAGGUCAAUGACGAAUGUGUGUUUUGUGUGUGUGAACACGCUGUCAAAUGUAGUCAAAAGCGAAUCGGAGCGUGAUAAAACAGAUCAUUCUGAUUUCAUUUGUUGCUCCCAGUGUAUGAUAUUUAGUUUAAUCUUAAAUAUUGGACAGAAUUUUAUUUUUUUUAUUUUUUUGUUUCAAUAGAAAUAAAAUCUAAAUUUCUUACAAUUUCUGUGCUGUUAUUGCAGACCAACUAACCAACCAAAACAGAAAAGAAAGAAAAACUGUUAAUUUGAUGAAUCAGUCAUUAUUUGUAUUUAACAAAAUCGUAUGUUUUCCCCAAGCACAUAAGAAAUUUUGAUGUACCGAACAUGCCGCAUUUGUCGUAUUUGUACGCUUGUUCUUGUUCUUAAAACUUUUGCUAUACACAAUGCUACUAAUAUCAGAGCAAAUAUAUGAAAUGGAUGUAUGUAUUUUAAUGUGUUUGCAAUGUAAAUGGUUAAAGGAUAUUUUUUAUUACACAUUUGAAGCUAAACUGACCGCUAGACAUAAAGAUUUCACUCCAGCUUCAGGUUUAUUUAUGCAGCAUAUUUUUAACAGUUCUUUAAUCCACAUAUUCAGUUUUUUUUUAUGGUGACAUAUCUAAGAUUGUUUAAAUUAUUAAUCCGCCUUCCUGAUGUAUUUCAUCCAUCCCUGUUUUGAGUUUGGUUCUUUGAUGAUUGUGAUUCAAGAGGGUAAUAAUCUGAUCCCUGAUCAGUCCACUUACUCUGGGAUACUUCAUCAGUGCAGUUCAUUGUUCACAUAUUUCAUAUCAAUGUACAACAUCCACCCCUCACCUCUCAUGGCUGUACUAAAAGCAGUUUUGUCUGAGAUUGUGUAUGGUUGUUUUAGAAAACCACCAUAAUUAUUGUAAAGAUGUACUGUGCAUAAACUGGAGGAUAGGAGACAACUCGGAGAGAAGGAGAAAUUUCCCUUUGGCACUCUCAAAGGGAUGGCUGUUUUUGGAAUAGGAAUUGAAAAAAUGAUAAGAUGGUUUUAACAAAGUCUUGUACAGUUCUAUAGAUUUAUCAUACCUAUAUUUUUGUUUUGGUUUACCAGUGAACAUUUGAUAGUGCUCAUUACUUUGUGAAUAAAGUGUUGAAUGCCCAAAUUA